AUGUAUGGCGACGAAUAUCACCACAAUAGAUGUUACCGAGGUGUUUUUGUGGAACCCCCACCAAAGCGGCAGGAGAUGCUUGUUUAUUGCCUCUUUGUGAAACCUGGACCCGAGGACGUAUUUUCCGUCGUGGGGGCCCUGCCUGUGCUUGACGUGCUGGCCCAGUUGAAGGAUGAGGCUCAGCGGAGGGGCAGGUUUACGUGGCUACUGAAGCUUCACACCAGCGCUGCGCCUCUGCUGUUGGACCCCAACACCAUUCACUCACUUGUUUUUCAAUACGGUCUCACGAAGACGUGGCCCUCUCAUUUGUACGUCCUUUUGUUUGCCGCUGCAGUCGAAGGUGGCGUACUGGGAAGGUAA